AUGAUGGAUGUUCAAUCUUUCUUACGUACUAUUUUCAAGAAAAUUAAGCAAAAUAAUAAUCAUCAUCUUCGUUUAUUAUGUUUCCCUGUUCGAACCACAGAUGAACAAAUAGCUGAAAAUAUUGAACGAAUGAUCAAUUGUGAAAAACUACUUUCUAAUUUUACAGUCAAACGUACACCGGAUACUGUCUAUUUACGAUGGGAAUAA